AUGAUUUCGGACAAUCCUGAUCUUGCCUUACGACAUAAGACAUUCACUAUUCAAGGCACGCAAUACACUUUGCUUGAUCGAUUAGGUGGAGGAGCUUUUGGAUCUGUAUGGUCAGCUGUCACACCACUUGGUAAUAUUAAUCCUUCAUUCAGUUUACUAUUCGGUCAUCCUGCUGCCGUUAAAACAAUUGAUAUUAGUGGAAGAAAAAUAUCCGGUAUUUCUAAUCCUCACUCAUUAGCAGAAUCAUUUCAAAAAGAAGUUGCAAUGGCUUUUAAGAUGCGUAAAGAAACACGUCAUGUAGUGACUAUUUAUGGAUUUGAUUUUGAUAUGUACAGAGGUCUAGCAUUGAUGGCUAUGGAAUUAGGUGGAGAUUCAUUGGCUCAACGAAUUGAACAACUUCAUAAUAUGAAAGAUAUGAAAAGUCAAUAUCGUAGAAUGGAUGGUAUGAUGACAAGAAUAGGUGACUAUAUUCCAUCACGCGAACGAAAAAAUAUAUGGAAACAAUUAGUCAAUAUUGUACAAGCGUUGCAUCGACAUUAUGUUGUUCAUCGCGAUAUGAAACCAGACAAUUUAGUUUUUUUUGGUCCAAUCAUGAAAAUUGUCGAUUUGGGUAUUGCACAAAAAGAAGUCAUAGGAUUUGGUUCAAAUGCAGAGCCCAUUGGUACUCGUUGUUACAGUGCACCUGAGUGCUUUUCUCCAGGUGCGAGCAUAUCAUCGAAAGCCGAUAUAUGGUCAGCAGGUGCUAUCUUAUACACUAUGACUUAUGGAACACCACCGUGUGGAGAUUCACCUUAUCCACCAUAUGAUAGUCAUCGAACACGUUCAUCUCAUGUCAACGAUGUAUUAAAGCAUUGCCUACAACCAAAUCCUAAUCGACGAGGAUCUCAUCGUUGGCUCGCCCAACAUCCUUAUACAACUAAUCCGACAGCUUUGUAA